CGGUCUGUCAGUGCUCAUGUACGGUGGAUGAAAUUACAAUGUUAUUAUUUUUAUUUUGGAUCCCACUGAUUGUUUUGCUUCCAAAAGAUAUUUCAUGUAAAACAUUAUGUGGAGAUACAAUAAUUGUCAAUGGGACAGAGAAAGAGGAUGUAAUUCUACAAGUGGAUAAAUCUAUUAAUAUUCAAAAUAUUGUUUGGACUGCUGGAGAGGAGUAUCUUGCAAAGACAUCAGCAAACGGUCAAAUUGAUAUUCAAAGGAAUAAACUAAAGAAAAAACUGCAAAGUGAACAAGAUGCUUCUUUAAAGUUUCUGUUUGUAACAGAUGAAGACCAGAGGACCUACACAGCAAAUAUACUCCUCAGUGAUGAAACUACAUGUAUACAACGAUUUGAUCUUAGAGUGUACAAAAAAUUGUCAACUGAAGAUAUCAUGAUCAAUAUUUCAAAACACAUCACAAAUGAUACCUGUAAUAUUAAUUUGACAUGCUCAGUAAAUAGAUCAAAUGUGAGUGUUACCUGGAGCAGCUCAAACAACACAAGAAAAUAUGAAGCUACGAUUUUCCUACAUAUAAGAAAUGUUGUAAAUGAAAAUGAUACCUGUACUGCAGAGAACCCUGUCAGUAAGGCUUCCAGAACUGUGUCUCCUCGGGAAUACUGCGAUAAAGGAGCAUACAAACAUUCUCGCUUGUCAUCCAAUAUGCAUUGGGGAAUUCUUGUAUCUGUAUGUUUAAUCUUCAUCAUCAUCAUCAUCAUCACCAUCAUCGUCUUCAUCUUUAUGCACAGAAAAAGAAAGAAAAAGCCUGAGGUGGGCAUUAAAUCCCAAGAUACAGAGCAUGCCUAUGAAUUAAAUACAGAAAAUUUUGAAAAACCAAGCACUGUAUACAGUAUGGUAGAGCACACUAAGUUACAUAAAGGAAAAGAAGAACCAAACCCACAGGGACCAUUUACUAGAAUGAACUAA